AUGUCCAUUCUUUCCUUAUUGUUUGUUAAUUUCUUCUUUCUUUGUCAUAUGUCCAUUCUUUCCUUAUUGUUUGUUAAAUGUCCAUUCUUUCCUUAUUGUUUGUUAAUUUCUUCUUUCUUUGUCAUAUGUCCAUUCUUUCCUUAUUGUUUGUUAAUUUCUUCUUUCUUUGUCAUAUGUCCAUUCUUUCCUUAUUGUUUGUUAAUUUCUUCUUUCUUUGUCAUAUGUCCAUUCUUUCCUUAUUGUUUGUUAAUUUCUUCUUUCUUUGUCAUAUUUUUCUUUGUCAUAUGUCCAUUCUUUCCUUAUUGUUUGUUAAUUUCUUCUUUCUUUGUCAUAUGUCCAUUCUUUCCUUAUUGUUUGUUAAUUUCUUCUUUCUUUGUCAUAUGUCCAUUCUUUACAUUUUGUUUGAUACUCCGUACUUUACAUUUUGCAUUUUUCUUCAUUGAAUUCUUUUCCCUCCCUUCAUUUUUUUCCCUUCAUACGUUAUUUAGUCCAUCCUUUCUUGUAGCUUUCCUACUUUAUUUACUUUUCAUUCUCUCUCCUAUUCCUUCCCUUCGUUCUUUAACAUUCCUUCCCAUCUUUAGGUUACCGUUAUUCAUCCUUCCUUCACUUUUUUUCUUCCCUUCCUUGUUUUAUCUUCUUUUCUAA